AUGGCAAUUGAGGGAAGCACUAGCCCCACGCAGGAGAACAGCGAGGAGCUGAAAGAAGGGGUCCUCAACUCCCUGCCCCUGCAGGAGGCACAGGUGCCCCAUACAUGCUCCAGUGAGCAGCAUGGCCCCAGGGGUGCAAAUAAGGCCUCUAUGGGGCCUGCGGCUGCAGGCCUGGACAACCUGCCCGCUGCACUCAACACUCAGGUGCCGAUGAACAUCUUUGCUACCUGGGAGGUGGACUGCUCCAGCCCCACCUGUGUGCCUCGGCAGUGCAGCCUCGCCUUAAACAAGCUGCUGAUCUACAGGGAGCUGGAGAAGGAGGUCAGGGGUGUGGUCAUCAGUGUGAAGAUCCAGGGCUGCAAGACCAUCUUGAGGUCGGAUGAGAUCCUGCUGCCCCCCAGUGGUCAAGUGCAGACCGACCUGGCGCUGACCUUCUCCCUGCAGUACCCCCACUCCCUCAAGAGGAAAGGCAGCACCUUGCAGGUCCUCCUGCAGCAGAAGCAGCGCCUCAGCACCCAGGCCCUCAUGGGGUAUAAGACACUCGCCAUGGGCACCAUCAACAUGGCUGAGUUGAUGCUGCGACCCCUCCAGGGCGGCCAGAUGCUGAGCCUCCAUAGCACCAUCACGGAGACAUCUGCCCAUGUGGCUGAGAUCUGGAUCUCCUCACUGUGCAGCCAGCCUAUCAAUGAGGAGGACAGUGCCAAGCAGACCAGCCUCAAGGCCAAGUCCACAGAGAACCACUCUAAUGGCAAGUCUGAGAACUUUCUCUCGAAGCUCGGGGCCAGCUACAAUGCCAGCCACAGGCAGGAACAGGAGGAGGAUGACUUCGACAAGGGGAAUCCGAUAGUCAGAAGGAGGUCCAUGACUCGGCAACAGAACUACCACCAGAAAGUCUUGUUAUGGCUGCACACAGUCAAAGUGUCAGAGGAGAUGCUGGACAUUGGGCAGGAAGGACUAUGUGGAGCAUUCCAGGAGGUGGAGGAGGACCUGGACCUCCUGUAUGACAUGCUGGAGAACGCCAGUGACAGUGAUCCAGAAAUCGAGGACGAUGACAGUGUCCUCAGCACCCCAACGCCUCAGCUCAGGCAAUACUUCGAAAGCCUGUCUAGCCGCCCAGACAUGAGGGACAAUCACAGUGUCCUCAGCAGCCCCAAUCCCAAGUUCAGGAUAUACCUGGAAGGCCUGUCAGACUACAGCUUGCAGAUGGAGAUGUGGGGCCUCCACACAUACCCACCCGUCAGAUGGACAAGAUCCUGGAUGGCCACCCUGUCCAGUCAGCCCAUGGAUCAUGAUGUCGGUGCCAUACAGGCCAGCACCAAGGCCCAGACCUUGCAUAACGACUCUGCCAACAUGUCUGAGAGCUUCUACUUUCAGCACCAGAAUUACCACCCGAGAGCUGUGGAAUGCAUGCUCAUGGACCAAGUGCUGGAGGAGGUCGUAUCCUCACAACAGGCCCUGGUGAGGCAUGUCCCCAAAGUAGAGAAGGCCCUGGACUUUCGGUAUCACCCUGUGGACAGCUCCAGCGAGAGUAGUCUAGACAUGGAGGACGAUCUGGAGGACAACCUGGAGGCAGAGUCCUCCAUUUGGGGUUGGUUCACCAAGAUGCUCCCAUCCAUAGUGCUCUUCUCCAAGUCUGUAGUCAUCCCCUCCAGCACCAAGGGGAAACAGGCUGGCCACCGGGGCUACAACACAGCCCUGAAUGAGUGGUUCAACACCCUGAACAAUGACGGCCCAGACCUACAGAGCCAGCGGCAGAUCCCCAGGAAGCCCAUGAGUGACCAGCCAAACAACACCCUCAUUUCCCAGAACAAGCUGCCCGAGAACAUCAUCCUGGUCAACACCUCGGACUGGCAGGGCCAGUUACUUUCAGACAUCCUGCAGGGGCACACACUGCCUGUGGUGUGCGCUUGUUCCACAGUUGAUGUCCAGGAGGCAUUUAGCAUCAUCAUCUCCCGGAUGCAGAGAUAUUGCAACUGCAAUUCCCAAGCUCUGAUGCAGUGUUCUCACCAAUCACCCCAAUGGCUGGACUACAUGCGUUUUCUGGUCAUCCUGAUGGGUUCCCACCCCCUGGCCAGAUACCUGGGUUCCAUGGAAUGUCGCUACAACAACUUCUUCCAGGACCUAUACUGGUGGGACAUGUUCAACAACCUGGAGUCCCAGAACACCUUGCAGGACACACAGGGCGUUUUGUCGAGAAUCACAGUAGGUGCCAACUGUGUCUACCUGCUGCCCAUCGCAGAGGCCAUGCUCAAUGAGCAGCAGAAGCGCCCCAAUGAGAUGUCCUCACAGAAGCUCAUUCCCUUAGUGUGGGCAGUGAAGGUUGGAAGAGUGGAUCGAUCUUCAGCCAUGUCAAGAGAUUCAGAUGAUGUGGACCCCUCAUGCUCCAGUGUUCUUCCUGCCAGGAAGGCCUCAUCCAACACACUCUCCCCUUCGUCAAUGAGUGGGGGCCUCUUCUCCCCCAGCCAGAGUGUCCAUGCAGAGAUGAUGGAGCUGCAGGUGGAUUACGGAACAGCAGCCCAACCAAUAGACAUGAAGAGAAUUGUGGAGAAUAAAGACCUGCCUACCGCCAAAAGCACACUCAAGUGCUUCUUCCAGUCUAUCCAGGCCAGCAGGCUGCCCAGCAGUGGUGAGGACACAGCAACACCCACCAUGUCCAUGACAGUGGUCACCAAUGAGAUGAAAAAGAAGGCGCCCAAGAAAACCAAGAACAAGGAUGUGGAGUCCACAAUCCAGUGCAUUGAGGGCAUCGGUCACCUGGUUUGCAAGGCAAAGAACCAGCAGAAAAUGCUGCCAGUCGUCAUUGAUGGCACAGAGUCGAACGACGUGACGUUCUUCCAGCUGGCAGCCCAGUGGUCCUCUCACGUCAAGCUCUUCCCCAUCUGCAUCUUUGGACAUCCCAAUUCCACAUUCUAG